AUGCUUCGUCGCAGACUUCUAUUUUGCUUGCCUAUCCGCAGCACUGGCUUCUUCCCUCGUUCGUAUGCUGCACAGGCGGCUGAACCGACUGAACUGUUACAACAACAGAAAAAGGGUUUAAAAAUUUACCCCGAUUUUGUCCCAACGUCAAUUGUGGGCCGGAGAAAUGCGCUGAAAGAACAACUAGAGAGGGCUGAUAUGUUGAUGAGGCGAACUCGCUUGGAUAUUCCGGAAUUUUAUGUUGGUUCGCUUCUUGCGGUUACCCUUGCUGACCCGAAUAUGGGUAAUCGACAAAACAGAUUCUUAGGGAUUUGCAUAAGGCGGGAAAGACCUGGAUUGUUUCAUCAGUUCACUCUCAGAAAUGUUAUUGAUGGCCUAGGUGUUGAGGUGAUGUAUGAAUUAUACAACCCGACUAUAUUAAAAAUUGAAAUUAUUAAACUGGAAAAGCGUUUAGAUGAUGAUUUGUCUUACUUAAUAGAUGCCUUACCUGAAUACAGUACUUUUGACCCGCAUAUGGAACCUGUCAUGCAUCCUGCAGGGUCACCUAUUCCUGUAAAUUGUGUUAAAAUGCGUCCACCACCGUGGUGUAGGAGAUGGGAACUAUUUGAUUAUCAGGGUAUUGAUGAAGCUUGGGCGUCGGCCACUCCAUAUUUUAAAAGGAGGUCUUAUAAAACAAAGGCGACUGAUUUGAACAAGUAUGACCUGAUAGCACAUUAUCGUAUAAACAGAAGCGACUUAGAAACGGAAUUACAGAUUGAAGCCGAAAUGCGUCGUUUUGAGAAAAAACAGUACGAAUUAGGCUUCACGAAGAGACGUAUUUUACGUUCAGCUGCUGAUAUCUUAGGCAGAAACCAUUAG